AUGACCUCUGCGUCAUCUGACCACGCCCCCUCGGUGUCCCCGCCCCGCGCGGGGCACGCCGGGAGCUGUAGUGCGGGCGGUGCGGGAGCGGUGGCCGCCAUGGGCCCCGCAGCGGCGGCCCCGGUCCUGGCCCUGACGGUGCUGAUGGCGGCUGCCGCCCGCCCCGCCGCCACCUGGGACCUGCGGGCGCUGCGCUGCAGCUUCUCGGGGGACUGCGAGUGCGGCUUCGGGCCCGACCUGCGCGGUUUGGAGUUCGACUUAGCGGUGAACCUGGUGGGGCAGCCCCUGGUGAGGCAGCAGGUGAUGAAGGGAGUGAGGGAGUUCCUGGAGAACCGGAAUCCUGUGAAACCACUCGUGAUGUCCUUCCAGGGCUCAACUGGAACAGGCAAAACCUACGUGAGCUCCAUGCUCGUCCACUACCUCUUCCAGGGUGGCCUCCGGAGCCCCUACGUUCACCAGUUCUCUCCCAUCGUGCACUUCCCCCAUGCUGAGCAGAUAGAGCAGUACAAGGAAAGCCUGAAGAGCUGGAUCCAAGGGAACCUGACAAACUGUGGGCGGUCAGCCUUUCUCUUUGAUGAGAUGGACAAGAUGCACCCAGGCCUGAUUGAUGUGAUCAUUCCCUUCCUGGGACCCUCCUGGGUUGUGUACGGGACCAACUACCGCAAAGCCAUCUUCAUCUUCAUCAGCAACGCAGGAGGGGAGCUGAUCAACGAGAUGACCCUGGAUCUCUGGCGUGCCCGCAGGGACCGUGAGGAGAUCAGCCUUCAGGACCUGGAGCCAGCCAUCUCCAGAGCCGUGUUUGAAAACCCUCAGAGUGGAUUCUGGCAAUCUGGGAUAAUUAAUGAACAUCUCAUUGACAUUGUUGUGCCUUUCCUCCCACUGAAACACCACCAUGUAAAGCAGUGUGUUACCAGUGAACUCAUCCAGCAAGGCCUGGAAGUGCGUCCAGGUGUUGUCCAGGAGGUGGCUGACAGCAUCCUCUACUUCCCAGAAGAAGAGAAGAUAUUCUCAUCAACGGGCUGCAAAACAGUGGCCUCUCGGAUCAGUUUUUUCUUGUAGCCAACAGCAAUGGCCUCACUCAGAUCCAUAGGGGACACAGAGGGAGCUGUAAGGGCUGGUGGGAUGAGCUGUGGGAGCUGUCUGUUCCCUCCCAGCAGAACAUGCACUCUCCUCCUGAGCUCCUCUCUCCAGCCCCAAGGAUGCAGCAGCAGGACCAAGUGCAAACGAUGUGAUUUAAAGCACUUUACUGAUGUGCCCUGGGCCAGGUGAGGGUGGUCAUGGCCAGCCCAGCACACCACCCAGGACAUCAGGGUUUUUUAAAACGAUUUUAAGGAACUCUGUGCCUCAGCUCCUGGGUACAAUGUGACAGUGCUGGUGCUGACUCUUGCAGCACCAGCCUGUGAACACCCUCAGUGUGGCAGCAGUUUCUUUUUCAAGGUGUUUUUUGAGCCAACAUCUUCCCAGCUUCCUUAUACUGUGAACAGGUGCUGGUAGGGACCAACUUCACCAUCCACAAGCAUGGGCUUAAUGUGGGAAAUGGCAACACCCAACUUGCCAAGAGCCUAUCCCUUCCUACCACACCCCUGUUUCCAUCUUUCCCCAAAGGAUUUCCCCACAGCAAACCAACAAAACAAACAAAAAACCCCACAAACAACCAUACUUUACUUCUUUUCCCAGCUAUGAAAAAUGUCAGUCCUACCUCCAGGGGAGACAGUGGUGCUGCUCACUGAUGGUUUUGAAAAUUCCUUUUUACUCAGUGAUGGUUUCCACUGCAGGAUGAGAGUUGGUGCUAUGAGCUCUUGAGCCUCUUGUACUUCCUUCUGCUGGUCAGAGCUUGCAGGCUGUGGCUGGGCCAUCACCCGUUCUGCUUCUGGGGAGUGUCACUUAACAACAGGGGACCUGGGGACAACUUAGAGAAGAUGAGUGCUCCACACUGCUGGGCAUGGGGUGCAGAGCCCAGGUUUUAAUCUCAUCUGUGCAGCCAGUUAGGGGAGAAUGGGUCAGAGGAAUCAGAACUGUUCUCUAGGAACAAACUGCUCAGGAGCUGGCUCACAACCCCCAAAUUCUGCCUCUUCUAAAAACAUUAUGCGUUUCUAAUUUUUAAUUAAAUCUUUUAU